GACACCACCUUGGAUCGGCAUAGCAGUCGAGGUGCAACAAUGCACCCCUGGGACCACUGGAGUACACUAGCGCUGUCUGGCAUAUGAAACGCACACUCCCCUAAUCGUUUCCUCCCUUCGCGUUGAGUAACAACCGCUGGCUAUCUCCUUAUCCCUCCCAACGAUACAACUCCUUGGGUCAUCACAAAGUUUUGUCCAUUGAAUAUGAAGUUCACCAACUUCAUUGCCAUUGCAGGCAUUGCCUACAGCGGGAUGCUCGGAUGCUCCCCACUGUAUCCGCUAUCCUGGGCUCGUCCUGCCUCUCGGUUCUCAAGGAAGUGAACCAGGUCCCCGAACUCUUCAUCGAGCAUUUGCAACGCGAGGCAUGUAGCGUUGGCUGUGAGCCUACCUUGCAACAGUGGCAGCACGCCCUGAAGGGCCAGAUCAUCCGCGAACUCGCGGAGGACGGCACGGCAUUCUGCGAUGCCCCGGAGGCCAAGGAGGCAAUUACAGACUUCCUGGAGGACCUGAUGCUUGGAACCGGCGAGGCGUGUAAGGACAAGUUCGAAGACAAACAUCUCUGCCAUGACCCCGAGUCUCUGGACCCAUUGGUUGCCUGCGUCGCAAAGGACUUCCCGAAGCAUAUCCAGGAAUACCUCCAUGUGUGUCGUGAACUGUGA